AUGCAGCUCCCAACUCAAAAAAUCUUCUAUUUUCGAGUCUUGAUCCUUGUGUUUGCGCUUAUCAAUGCCAGUCUCAUCAUUGACUACUGGGUAUACUGCAACAAGAUAGGAUUCAAGAACGAAAUUGUGUGGGAUAUCCUGGUCGGUCACGCCGUCUCGUUGCUCCUCACCCCCAUUUCUGCCUUUGUCGCACUUGGUACCAGACCUCGCUGGCUCUCUGUCAACUACCGCUUUUGCUCAAUGCUUCUUGUUGCUGCCGUUCUCCUUGUUGCAAAGUCCCAUAACCUCUACAGGUACUUGGAGCAACACGCGGAGCACAACCGGAUCUGUAGCACGGCAUCCGACGACAUUAUUAUCUGCAGAACUGAACAAAAAACGCUAUUCUCGUUCGUUAUGAGCAUGAAUGAGGCCCCCUGCGCCUUUUUUCUCGCCUUCCUGGUCAUUGUCGAAGCCAUUGUUACUCUGAGAAUGGACAAGCGAGCCCAAGAUACCUCAAAGUUGGCCGCCACUCAAGACCUUGAGAGCAGCCAGUCUGCUCAAAAGGCCUAA